AUGAUCCUUCAAUCCUCGCUCUUUACCUUCAGCUUCACCACUUACUGCAGCACCUCUUCUCAUCAAACUUCAACUCCCACAAUCACAAACCUUCUGACUUCUGGAACCAGGCAAUCCGAUCCACCAGACAGCUCAGGGAGAUCAGGAAAAAACAAUAGGGAGCUAUUACGUGCCAGCAGCAGAUUUUGCCCAUGUGGAAGAAGGCAUUUUCUUGAAGCAGCAUCAACUGCUUUAUUUCCUAUACGUCCAUCAAUCGCUUCUGAUAAUUCACAGCCUGAUUAUAAGACAGUGUUAAAUAGACUUCACCCUCCAAGACCAGAUUGGUACGAGGAAUUUUAUGCAUCUGUACUGAAUUCUGCCAUGGAACCCUAUGAAGCAGAGGUUGCAGCUUACAAGUCACAGCUUUUUUCUAAUUUGAGAGGAAAGGCCAAGAAAGUGUUGGAGAUUGGCAUAGGCACUGGUCCUAACCUCAAAUAUUAUGCCAAUGAUGCUGAUAUCCAGGUUUUCGGCGUGGAUCCUAACACAAAGAUGGAAAAAUAUGCGCAGGAAGCAGCAGCGGCUGCUGGUCUCCCACUUUCGAACUUUGAAUUUAUACAAGCAGUUGGGGAAGCUAUACCAUUAAAUGAUGCUUCUGUUGAUGCUGUUGUUGGCACUUUGGUACUAUGCUCAGUUAAAGAUGUUGUUCAGACACUGCAAGAGGUAAAGAGAGUGCUUAAACUUGGUGGGCUUUACUUAUUUGUGGAGCAUGUGGCUGCAAAAGAUGGAACAAUUCUUAGACUCCUACAAAGUGCCCUUGAUCCAUUGCAGCAGACAGUUGUUGAUGGUUGUCACCUAUCUAGGGAUACAGGAAAGGAAAUAUUUAAAGCGGGCUUCUCAGAUGUUGAUUUAAGCACCGCUUUCCUAUCUAAUGCCUUUUUUGUCAAUCCUCAUGUGUAUGGAAUAGCUAGCAAGUAA